CCAAGUUAACGUUAUCUUCUCCCUAUCAAAUUAUUCAUCCAAACAGAAAAAAAAAUGGCUUCAGCCACUUUAACCCGUACUCUCUACAACUGCAACCUCACCAGCCCUAACCACCCCAAACCUCAGGCUCGGAGAACUUUAGAUUCUCGCCGUACCGUAACCGGAGCCAGGAGGCGUCAAAUCCGGUGUGAGGCCACCGGAGUCGCAUCUGAAAACCGUCAACAGCUAGUAACCACCGUUAAAAACGGCAAUGAUUCCCUCGAGAUUUGCAGAGUACUUAACGGAAUGUGGCAGACCAGUGGCGGUUGGGGCAGAAUUGACCGUGAUGAUGCCGUUGAGGCUAUGCUAAAGUACGCCGAUGCUGGUUUAACUACCUUUGACAUGGCUGAUCACUAUGGACCUGCAGAAGAUCUCUAUGGUUUAUUCAUUAAUCGUGUCCGCAGAGAACGUUCACCUGAGCUUUUAGAAAAAGUCAAGGGUCUUACCAAGUGGGUCCCACCACCGGUUAAAAUGACAAGCAGCUACGUUAGGCAAAACAUUGAUAUUUCACGAAAGAGAAUGGAUGUUGCUUCUUUGGAUAUGCUUCAAUUUCAUUGGUGGGAUUACGCCAAUAAAGGUUAUCUUGAUGCCCUUAAACACCUUACAGAUUUAAAAGAAGAAGGUAAGAUCAAGACAGUAGCUUUGACCAACUUUGAUACCGAGAGGUUACAGAUUAUAUUGGAAAAUGGUAUUCCAGUUGUAAGCAAUCAGGUUCAACAUUCACUUGUAGACAUGCGACCUCAACAAAGGAUGGCGGAACUCUGCCAACUCACCGGAGUAAAACUUAUAACGUAUGGAACGGUAAUGGGAGGAUUAUUAUCUGAGAAAUUCUUAGAUACCAACUUGUCGAUCCCCUUUGCUGGACCUCCGCUCAAUACUCCUUCGCUUCAGAAGUACAAAAGGAUGGUAGAUGCAUGGGGUGGAUGGAGUCUCUUCCAAGCUUUGCUUAAAACCCUAAAUCAGGUAGCGUUAAAACAUGGAGUCUCGAUUCCAACCGUUGCUGUUAAGUACAUACUAGAUCAGCCGACUGUGGCAGGGUCAAUGGUGGGGGUUAGACUUGGGUUAUCAGAGCAUAUUAAAGACACUAGUGCUAUAUUCUCACUUACACUUGAUGAAGAAGAUGUAAAGAGGAUUCAAGAAGUCAUAAGCAAAGGAAAAGAUCUGAUGAGAAUGAUUGGUGACUGCGGAGAUGAAUACAGGCGUGCAUAAUUUAGUUUAAAGGGGGAGGAUAUGGUCAUAUUAUAGCCCCCAUAAGGGUGUAAAGAAUGCAAUAGAUACACUCAAUACUGUUAUAUUGUGAUUCGAGCUACGGUAUGCCCAUGGAUACAAGAAAAUAUAAACAUGUUGGUUUAAUUGUUUUUUUAGGUCA